AAUGUCAUAUUUUGUGACAUAACCUCAAUUGCCGUUUCUAAUAAUUCUAAUUUUCUCUUUCGCUGUAAUUUAUAUUCGUUUUUAAACUUCUCAUUAAAUAAAAUUGCCUCAAAAUGCGGCUAAGUCCUGUGCUUUUUACUGCGCCGACUGGCAAAAGCGCUAGGAGGUAUCAAAGAGAACCAGUCCCAUUUCAAAUGCUCCUGCCAUUGGAACUAAAGAAAACAGUUUCAGGGAAAAGCGAUAAGUUAAAAGAAGCUGCUUGUAUGCAAGAGCUGGCUGUUAUGUUCGCGUGCUUUAAGAAAAACGAGUUCGACCAGCAACAGUGCUUGAAAGAAAUCACUGAGUUCCAGGGCUGUUACAAAGAUUAUAAUCAGAGAAUGUCCAGCCAGAGAGAACACGGCAAGAAAGGUAUUUUGGUACCAGGAGAGACAAAACUGACGCAUAGACAAAUGAACCAGUUGCUGAAAGCAUUUCCACCUAAGAAGAAUUAGUAUUAAUAACUUGUUUUUGUGAUUUCUGAUGGACACUUAAAAGAUAUAAGUGCUAGUUUGUUAAUGUGAAUAUAGAUUUUAAUUGAAA